AUGUCUGUGUUCACAGGCGAACACACAAAGACUGACCGCUCAAGUAGCGCAGAUCUCAAGCACCAGGUAACUGCCAGCAUCCCACUUUUAGUACAUUCAGCGACUGAGCCAGAGGAGCAGAUAGAGGGGGACGUGGACAGCAUCAGCAGCAGCGCCGAAACUUCAGCCACACAUGAGCUCUUGCCCCACAAACGGCGGCGCUCGGAUCUUGGUUGUGCCAAGCCGCGACGUGCAAGAACUGCCUUCACCUAUGAACAACUGGUGGCUCUGGAGAACAAAUUCCGCUCUACGAGAUACCUGUCUGUGUGUGAGAGACUCAACCUGGCUCUGUCCCUCAGCCUCACUGAGACGCAGGUCAAGAUCUGGUUCCAGAACAGAAGAACCAAGUGGAAGAAACAGAACCCGGGUGCGGACAGCACAAUGCCACCCGGGCCCAACUCUUUGGUCAGUAUCAACCCAAGUCCUGUGACUUGUGUGUCGAGUUCAGCCAAUUACCAAACUUUCCCGUCUUUCAGCUCUGGGAACAUGAUCUUUCAUACUGAUGGUGCGGUUCCUUUGUCGUCCACUGGAGGGAUGUUACAUCCCUUCUUACCCAAUGGUUACCAUCUCCAGCCGUCCUACUUUACUCCACAUUUAUGAGACAUGCCCUGCUUCAUCUCCUGCGACUUGGUCACAUUGUGAUUGUAAUUAUUGGACUCUCACAAAAGUGUAAUUUUUUAAAAUGGUCUGUCCAUAGACCUAAUGACAGACAUCAGUCUUCACCCUUAAAUGAUUUGUUAAGAUGAUGGAGAAAACUCAUCUGAAGGAGCCUGAUAUUUAAGGCUUCUUUUCAGAUAUAUGGGUGGUGAACAAGACUAUUUGUCAUUAGUAUAUCUGAUGAUGUUGAUACAGCUGUUAUUCAUCGAAUUCCUCUGCAGCAAUGUAAUACGAAAAAACUGCUGUAUGUAGAGUGUAUGUACUAUAGAGAUUGUCGGCAAGAAUAGUAAACUUAACCAAUAUCCUGUUUUCUCUUUCACUGUAUUUGAAUCUGUCAGGAGCAAAAUGUGGCAUGAUAAAAAACCCAUCUCUCCUUGCUGUAGAUCUGUAGGGUCUCACUCACAUGCUUUCACUGUUCAUAUCUUAUAAUGAAAACAUUGAAAUUAAAAACAUAUGUACAACAUAUAGUCCUAAUAUAUUAUGAAUUAUGUUUUUUGUUUCGGGUGGUUAGAAGCGAGAUGGAAUUAAUUGUGCAAAAAAACUGAUCAUUUAGACUGUCACAGAAUGAACUACGAUCCUUGAUGCCAAGCUGGUGAAGGAGGUUUAAUCGCAGAUCAGAUUAAUUUGACUCAAUUCUGUAUCUGUAUCUCCUUCAGGCCAGUAUAGCUCCAUGUUAUUGAUGUCAAACAUUUGAUUUUUACACAACUACAAAAAAUAUUUAGUUUGCAAGGACUGACUCAAUUGCUCAAUUCAGGAUUUAAGAAAUAUAUACAGUAUAUUACUAGGGUGCAUGUUUGUGGUGAUGAUGCACUUGAGAUGAGUGUUGUUGAAAGAGCAGCUCUGUUUAGUGCAGAUAAUUGUAAUU